GUCCAAUUAGGCACGCGGUGGAUGUAUUAAUGGGCACCGCUGCCCCUGCCCGCCAAACGUAAUCCCAUUUCAUACCCGAUCUCCUGUCUUCCUUCCCCGAUACAAUCUUGAUUUCUCGUGUCCCACCGACGUAUCAUUGGCGAAAUCGCAGGAGCUGAAACCUGCUUCUUACCCUACUUUGUAAGCCAAGAAAUGUCGUCGGAAUCCCCAACCGAUCGGGCUUCCCGCCGGACUCGAAUUCUGUCCAAUCACCUCACCACCUCCGACCUUCAGGUCGGCGGCAAUUCUCUCCAAUCCAACAUCUGCUUGAGCUACUCCCCUCCCGAGCUCCAUGAAAAGAUCGAAUUCGAGGUCAGGAAGAUGCGGGAGUUGCUCGACGUGCACAAUCUCCAGGACCGGGAUUGGCUGUUCGGGCUGAUGAUGCAGAGCAAACUGUUCAACCCGCAAGAGAAAGGAGGGAAGGUGUUCGUGAUGCCGGAUUUCAAUCACACCAAGGAGCAGCAGCGGGAGAUGACGAUGAAGAGGAUCGAGUAUUUGUUGGAGAGAGGUGUUUUCGACGGCUGGCUCACCACCAGAGGACCGGAAACGGAGAUGAGGAAAUUCGCCUUCAUGGAGACUCUCGGCAUUUUCGACCAGUCCCUCGCCAUCAAAAUCGGUGUCCACUUCUUCUUAUGGGGUGGUGCUAUUCAAUUCUUUGGUACAAAGCGUCACCAUGAUAAGUGGCUGAGGGACACUGAAACGUACAGAAUCAAGGGCUGCUUUGCCAUGACUGAGCUGGGACAUGGAAGUAAUGUUCGAGGAAUUGAAACUGUUGCAACUUAUGAUCCCAAAACAGAUGAGUUUGUGAUAACUACGCCUUGUGAAUCUGCUCAGAAGUAUUGGAUUGGUGGAGCUGCUAAUCAUGCAACGCACACAGUAGUGUUUUCACAGCUCAACAUAAAUGGAAGAAACCAAGGAGUUCAUGCAUUUAUAGUGCAGCUCAGAGAUUUCGAUGGGAACAUAUGCCCGAACAUCCGCAUUGCAGAUUGUGGUCACAAAAUUGGACUAAACGGAGUCGACAAUGGUCGAAUCUGGUUUGACAAUGUCCGAAUUCCUAGAGAGAAUCUUUUGAAUUCUGUUGCCGAUGUCACACCAGAUGGACAAUAUAAGAGUGCAAUACAAGACCCUGAUCAGAGAUUUGCAGCAUUCCUCGCCCCUCUGACAUCUGGUCGUGUAACUAUUUCUCUUUCUGCAAUUUACUCCGCACAGAUUGGUUUAGCAAUUGCCAUCAGAUAUGCACUCAGUAGGCGUGCUUUCUCGUUUGUACCUAAUGAACCAGAAGUCCUAUUGCUUGACUACCCAAGUCACCAAAGGAGGCUCUUGCCUCUUGUUGCCAAGACAUAUGCUAUGACCUGUGCUGGGAAUUACUUAAAGAAGAUGUACGUGAAGAGGACGCCCGAGUCAAAUAAAACCAUCCAUGUGGUUUCAAGUGGAUUCAAGGCUGUCUUGACCUGGCAUAAUAACAUUACAAUAUGAGAACAUUCAAGGCAGUCUUACUGUUAUUGCAGAAUAGUUUCACAAAUACUAUGUAUCCUUUUCAGGAAUGCCGUGAAGCCUGUGGUGGACAAGGGUUGAAGACUGAGAAUCAAGUUGGACAUCUCAAGGGUGAAUAUGAUGUCCAGUCCACUUUCGAAGGGGAUAAUAAUGUGCUCAUGCAGCAGGUAAGCAAAGCACUCCUUGGAGAAUUUAUAGCCGCGAAGAAAAAGAAUAAGCCUUUCAAGGGUCUUGGGUUGGAGUACAUGAAUGAACCUUGGCCUGUCAUUCCAUCCCAACUCACAAGUGACAUCCUCAGAAGCAGUAAUUUCCAGAUUACUACUCUCCGCUUGAGAGAGCGAGACCUUCUGAAUCGUUUCGCUGCGGAGAUGUCGCAACAUCAGUCGAGUGGAGUGAAUAAAGAGUAUGCCUUUGCGCUGGGUUAUCAACUCGCGGAGGACUUGGGGAGAGCUUUCUCCGACAGAAUCAUAUUCGAAACCUUCCUCAACGACGAGGGUACAGUAUCGACCGGUCCAAUGAAGGAUGUGGUGGGGAAAUUGAGAUCCUUGUACGCUUUGACGUGCAUGGAAGAAGAUGCUGCCUUCCUCCGAUACGGCUACUUAUCGACGGAGAAGGCAGCUGCUGUGAGGGCAGAGGUGGCCAAGCUUUGCAGCGAGCUGCGGCCGCAUGCGCUUGGAUUGGUCAGCUCAUUUGGCGUCCCCGGUGCUUUCCUCAGCCCAAUUGCUUUCAACUGGAUUGAUUCAAAUGCGUGGUCUUCCUCUUCAGCUUAAUUAGAACCCAAGGUUUCAGGAACUUGCAGUGGGUCUCAGUGGAUGUCGAUUCCCAAUACCUCAUGUACAAUAAGAAAAGCUUCCCUUUCAAACAAAAUAAAAGAAAAAGCCCCGGUUAACUUAUGGGUGUAAUAAUUGUUGCUGCUUUCGUCAAUGAUAAAGGACUAUGUAUUGUAUACUAUUCGUUAAAUGGAAAGAGUAUAUUUUCCUGAAUUACAGAUUUGGUUAUUCAAUUUAUUAAUGUAUUUCAUGUUUCUCACUCA